AUGUUAAGAUGCAAUGCUGAUUCCGAAACCUGCAACUACUGCCGUUUAUCUGAAAGCAGCGAUGCUUACGAAGGCAGAGAAAGUAGUACGGAUGAUGAAAGAUCGUCAUCUUCAUCACCCCCAAAAAUCAAUGGGGAAUGCCGCCGUUUGACUAGAGCUCUGUCGGAGGAUUGUAACCCCCCGUCCAGAAUGCGGCCAAUUCGCCGAACUUCUCCAGGAGAGUAUCUCCGACAUAAACGAAAUCAGAUGGAGAAACUCCGAAACGAUAGACGGGACUCACCGGGGCGUCGAAGAUCUGUGACAUUUCAAAGGUGUGAUUCCGACCCCCGUCUCAGUUUCAGGAGGAAAGACACAGGAUCUCCCAGUCGAGACGUCACCUUCGCUUCACCUACAAGGAACCGUAUCCAUCGGUCACGGAAUCGUGCGCGGGAGAAUGUUGACUCUCAGCAACCUGAUGGAGUGAUAAGUAAAGUUAUUUUACCAGUACCCCCCGUGAACGCUCAACCUCUCAGUGUUGCUGACACUAAAAAGCAAAAGAAAUCCCCUCUAGCAAAAAAUAUUUCAGAAAGAAAAUCUAGAAGUAAAGAACGUGGUCGAGGUGUUGUUUGCAAUGCAGAAGAUUCGACGCCUUUCCUAGAGUGUGGUGUGUCUUUUCGAUGUGCAGUAUGUGACACUGAUAUUCCGUUCACGAACUGUGUCUUGUGUGAUGCAGAAGCAAAACGGAAUUUCUUUCCAGAAUCUCUAAAAAACGAAUCGGCAGAAAUCUUUCUUCUAGAUGAAGAACUGCCGAUUCAAGACUCACAAAAAGAUUUCAUUGCUAAUGAAGAACAAAAUAUAAGGACUUCAGAUUCUGCAGGUGACAUUGCCCAAUCAUCCGUAGAAACAAAAGAAUUAGAAGAAUUUUAUGACCGGCCAACACCAGGUAAUAUACCUUCAUCUGAGGCUUUAAAGAAGCCUUUAGAUGAUAAAAGAGUGAAAUGGAUAUCAAAAGGUGCAACUCAUAAAAGUUUUAGUAGUGGAGAAUUUCAUUCUUCGAGGCGUAAAAGUGCUCAGCUUAGAAAGUACCAUUCUGAACCCAUGCCUCAGACAGAAGACGAUGCCACAGAUCGAUAUCUACAAGAAGUUUCGGAACAACGACCAUCCAGUGAGCAUUCUCAAUCAAGAGCUGAAAGUAGUGCUUCAUCUUCAAGCAAAUCUGAGAAGAAAGGUGGAUAUCAUGUGGUUAAAGAUAGUACCAGAAAAGAGCCCAUAGAAAAGGAUUCAUCUAACCCUUGUCUAGUCUGUGGUAAAACAACAGAAGAUGGAGAAACUAAAGAAAAAACGAAAAACAGAACUCUAUCACCUGAGGCAGCAACGCAAGAAAAGUGCCCAAGGAGAAGCCCUAUCUAUCUCAAGCCAGAAUUCUACAUUGAACCAGAGAUUUUACACAGAGCCAAUCCAUUAGUGGAUGAAGCAGAGGUAGAAGUGAUUCCCUCGGCAAUCGGAGCUUUUCGGCGUCUGUCUGAGGAAGAAUUUAUCGCAACUUUGAACAUCCACGAAGCAGCCAAGAAGGGGGACCUGCACGUUGUUAAACUUCUUACCAAGAAAGACCCAAAGCAGAUGGAAACAGUUGAUGAGAGAGGCUGGACGCCCAUUCACCUAGCAGCAGCUCAUGGACAUGCGGAAGUAGUGAAGUAUUUAGCAAUGGAAGGAGCUCAUCUGGCAGCUCUAGAUCCCAGUAGCUACACCGCUCUUCAUCUGGCAGCUAUGAAUGGGCAUAAUUCCUGUUUAGAAGUAUUGCUUCCUAUGGGUGUUGAUGUCGAUUCUGUCACUGCAGAAGGAUUUACACCUCUUCAUCUUGCAGUCAUGAAUGGUCAUUUAGACUGCAUUCAAACUUUACUGCAAUGGGGAUCCAGUCUAGACAAGCGGGACGCUCUGGGAAGAGGAGUCCACGAUAUGGUUGAAGAGUACAAUUUAGAAGAGGUGGCGGCUUUGCUACGGCGAUUUCACAAGCAGCUGCAUAACUUCAAACACAUGCUCGACAUGAUGCACAGGAAUGAGGAAAGGAGCACCUCGGAGAUUCCAAGAGAGUUUAUGGACAUUUUGGCCUCAAUAGCUGAAGAAAGUGGACCGGAGUGACGACUCAAGAGAUUUUACACCUUCAGAUCAGUAAAGCAUAAAUGAAAUAUACAGUGUUUUCAGGUGAUAAUGGCUUUGCAUAUAUUUUUUUUUAAUGGGCGAAAUAUCAGGCACGAGAAGACGUUAACACAGUUUUCGUUGAUUAACUUAAAACGUGAAUUUUAAUUUAUUACUAUUUGUUUUACUAAUAUUUUGCGAGUUUUUAAUCUGACUGAACUGCUAGCAACCAAAGAUAUAUAAUUACUGGAAAACAACUCAAAUGAGAGCAACAAGCUCUAGAACAGCUUACUAUUCUGUUCUUUUUUAACAAAACGGCAAUAUUUAGCAUGCAACCAAUCUGAUAAAAUACAAGAUGUUCCAUUUGAGUAAAAUACCUAGCGCUAUCGCGUGCUGCUGACACAAUACAGAACACACAUAAAUUUAACUGUAACAAUACCUGUUUUGAGCGAUGUCAAUUUUAUCGCGUCGAAACAAACGUUAGAUAUGGCCCUUGGUAGUAACUAAUGUCCCGAACUGCUCACUAAUCAGCAGAAUUUGGUUAACAUCGUCAACUGCAGCGGUGACUUCUUUCAGUUACUAGACAGCCUAUCUUUUUCCUCAGUAUUAACCAUAAGACUUGAUACUAUGACUGGAAAACCUCGGAGAUAUUCAACAAAAGUCGUUACGUCUACUACUGACUUUCUGGAAGUGACACAAGGCCUAACUUUUUUUCAAAAAACCAUGAAUGUAAAUGUACAUUGCAUAAUUAUCGAUACAUUUUUCAAUCAAAUAUAGAAUUGGAAUUAAACUAUUUCAGCAUGAAAAGACGACCAUCACACUUUUGAAAGGCAUAUAGAAGUUGCAAACCGCUUUGUCAUAAAUUAAACCGCUUGAAAGGAUCCACCAUGAUCCAGUAACAGAAAAAUAACCUCAUUGUUGCGACUAAUAAUAUUAAUCAUAAUCAACUCAGUGCAAUAUUCGCGAACAAGUAUAAGAUUGCAAGAUGAUUGUAAUCAACUGUUAUUGAUAAUAUGCUAGGCAGCUGUCCCAGAUGUACCCAUAUUACAUUCGGCCCAAAUUAAAUUCCAAUAUUAUACAAUUAUUUUCUAUAGCAAAUAUUAACUUAGGGCCUUCUGUAACACCUAAUUCAAUCUCCUGUACUAUUUACACUAGUACUAGUGGAUAAAGUUCUGAGCGAAACCAACAAUUAUCGCCAUAUUCUGAAUUAUUUUAUGUACUGUAAUAGUAACAUUGAUGAUUGGAGGGGAAUUCCUUUAAUAUUAUAAUAAUCUUACUUUUUUUGUAAUUUGCAAGUUAAGAAAAUAUUUGCAAAAAUAAUAAUAGAAAAAAAGCAACAUUAUUAUUAAAAAAAAAAGAUAUGCAAAGCCAGAGUGAUCAUGAAAUGUGUGUGUUCAUUUACUUCUAUUGUUAAAGAAAUCAGGGACCAAUAUCAAGAAAUUUGAGCCACAGAAGCCAACGUUCCUUCCAUACGAAGUUGGAACAAAUGCUCCAGAUAUUAAAAAUCGUUAUAGCUUACAAAUAUUUAUAAUUCUUAAAAUAUUUUUCUAUAAUUCAGAUUUACAAAUUUUGAUACCCUAGUAACAAAUAAUAUCAAUUGCAUACCAAAUUUUUUGCCUCUUUUUAGAUUUUAAUAUCUUAACUGAAGAGUAACUUCUUGUACUACUAAUAUCUCACACAAAUUACAGGGCAUUAAAUAUAGUACGCAGAAAAGUAAUUACAUAUGUUAUUUAGCAAGUUAGAACUGUAGUUAAAUAAUUUAUUUUUUUUUUGACAUUUGCUUAAUAAAUACUCCUAUUAUUUUGCUCAUAAAACUAACACAACUGAAAAUUUAAAUCUUUUAACUUAGCAAAAUAGAAAAUUUAUAAAAUAAAAAAUAUUUAGCAAUAUAUAUAUAUAUAUAUAUAUAUAAAUUAAUACAACUUCAUUAAUAAUCGACCUACUUCAAAGACUUCUAACGUUAAUUUUAUAUCUGCGAUUAAUAAAAGUCUAUGCUAAUUCUGCAGAGCAGAAAUAAAACAAAAUAUUCUGAAGAUCAUCUUAGCUAUAUAUCUUGAUUUAAACCUAUAUUGAAAAAAUAUGAGAUCUGCGAUUAUGUUCGGCAAAAUAUAGAAAAGUGAUAUUUGCAGAUUGAAAAUAAAAUUACGUAAUGAGAUUAAUAACAAAAGAAGUUAAUGAAAAGCGCAAUAUUGAAAUCAAAAGUUUAUGCACAAUUAUUUAACUUGAUUCAAAAUAUUAAAAGUUGUUUCUCCUCUUUAAAAUAAUAUUGGCAUCAUAUAAUAUCAUAAUUUUUAUAUAAAAUACAUUAUAUAAAAAAUUAAAACAUAUCUGUUAAUAUCAAUAUUUCUUAACUUUUAACAAUCUCAAAAAAUUAUUUAGCUUAUUCUUCAAAGUCAUAUCUUCCAAGAAAAAUAACAAUUUCAAUUAAGAGUGAGAUAUCAGUAGUGUUUUGAAACUCCCUUUUAAACAGUGUAUUAUUUUACUUUUCUCUCUAAUAUACAAUUUUCUAAAGUUGGGGGAGGCAUUUGAUGCACACCAUUUCUUUAGAGUGGUAGAGUUCAAAUUAGAAAUAAAUGCAGAUUUUUUUUUUAUCUCUGCAUAAGAUCAGGUGCUAACAGAAUAUGCAGUGCCUUCAAUAAGCUGCUGUAUUCUAAACUGUAUUAAUCACGUUUCAAAAUUCAGUUCAAUCAAUUAACAAAAGUAAAUUAUUUAAAAAGAAAAAUAUUUAAAUAAACAGAAACAAUUAAGACAAUGUUUUAACUUUAUCAAUAAUUUAUGCUUUUCUCAUAAACUGUAAGCUACUUAAGAUGUAUGAUAAGCUGAGAAUCUGAGAUUGACAUUCUUUAAUUAAUUUUCCAUUUUCAUUAAUCUAUAAUAAUAACACAUUUUUAAAUAUCCUCUUAUAUUUCAGAUUUACAAUUCAAUUUAUGUUUACCCUUUACUUCCAGCUUGAACUUCUAAGUAUUAUAAUACAAAUGAGUAUAUAAAACAUUUAUAAUUAUCAAUUUACCCAAACUAACAUAUUUUCGCUCUAAAUUCAAAAUACUGUUUCUUUUUUCAUUUUUUUUUUUUUUUUUUUCCUUUUUACUUUUAUACCCUUCCCCACCUUUUUUUUUUUUUUUUUUUUUUCAAAAUGAUUUUAUUAGUUCUGAGAGAUAUAUGAAAUCAAUUGCAUUUACUUAAUUCUAACAUUAAAGCAUUUUAUCUUUCUAAGAUAUUUAUCAAAUUUUGAAUAACUGUAUGAUUAUCUACCAUGGGAUGAAAUUAGGUGGAUUUUAACUUCAGUUUUUGAAAAAAAAAAUUUUAUUCUCAGUUCAUUUCAAUAAUAUUUAAGAUUACUUGGAUGCUCAUAAUUAGAGCGGGUCAAACAGAACUUCAAAAAUAAAGAUCAUUACAUGCAAUGCAUUCCCCAACUCUAAAUGCUUUAUUUAUUUCUAUAUUCUCUAAUAAUUAUGUAACUAUUUCUAUGCAUAAUAAUGAAGAAAAAUAGAUUUAGUCAAUAUGCUUUGCAUAAUGUUAAUAUUUAAAACUAGUAAGCUCUAGCUAUAAUUUAUUAUAAAAAUAACUUCAAGUAUCUUUCAAAACUUUCAUACGAAAAUUAAACUAAUAGUUAGUAUUUCCAUCUCCGAGGGUGCCUAAGAGUUCUUCCAUGUAAAUAACAUUUAAAUCUUGUAAAUAACUUGUGUCACUUUAUCUCAUUUUGUAUGAAAUGUUUAUCUUAUGUAACAAUUUUUCAAUAUGUUUAUAAGCUUCUGCACCAAAUGCACAGUGUUCAUUGAUGUUUUAGACCUUGACACUAUUAUUCGAGCUUCUACAACACCCAAUGCCUUUCCACAUAUAAAAUAUAUCUUAUUUUGUCACUCUUUGCCUUCAGUAAAAUUUUAUUCACUUUGU